UACUCCUCCCACUAAAACAAUUCAAACAUCAGUGAAACACACUAGUGUAUCCAUUCAUACUUCUAAAAAAAGGUUAAAAAAGCGAGACGUGAGUAGGAAUUCCACCAUUACCCAGAUUUUUUCUACUGUAUAAAGAUGCCAGACAUACCAGUGACGCUACAACAUAGCCCUCCCGAUGGAGGCUGGGGAUGGGUCAUAGUUUUUGCAUCUUUCAUUUCAAUUGGAUUUUCAUAUGCUUUUCCCAAAGCCAUUACAGUAUUUUUCAAGGAAAUCCAGGAGAUAUUCAACACUUCAUAUAGUGAGAUUGCAUGGAUAUCAUCUAUUAUGCUGGCUGUUAUGUAUGCUGGGGGUCCAAUAAGUAGUAUCCUGGUAAACAAAUAUGGUAGUCGUCCAAUUGUACUAGCAGGAGGUUUGCUCUGCUCCUUAGGAAUGAUUUCCGCAUCGUUCUGCAACAGUGUGCUUCAACUGUACAUUUGUGUUGGUGUCAUUGGUGGUUUUGGAUUGGCAUUUAAUCUUCAACCCUCAUUGACAAUUAUUGGGAAGUAUUUUUUCAAAAAGCGUCCUAUUGCAAAUGGAAUGGCUAUGGCAGGAAGCCCCGUGUUUUUGAGCACAUUGGCUCCUCUUAAUCAAUUUCUCUUCAAUAGAUUUGGAUGGAAAGGAAGCUUUUUAAUUUUAGGAGGUCUCCUAUUAAACUGCUGUGUGGCCGGUUCCCUUAUGAGGCCCAUUGGACCUAAAGUCAUAAAGAAAGAUGAGGAGAAAGUGGACCAGAAAAUCCCUGAGAAAAAGAAAGAAAAGUUAUCAGUAUGCCAGAAUAUUAACAAAUAUUUAGACUUAUCACUCUUUAAACACCGUGGGUUUCUUAUUUACUUAUCUGGGAAUGUUAUUAUGUUCCUAGGUUUUUUUGCUCCAAUUGUUUUCCUGGCUCCCUAUGCUAAGCAUAUGGGCAUUGACCAAUAUUCAGCAGCAUUUUUAUUGUCUAUCUUAGCUUUUGUAGACAUGGUUGCAAGACCUACCAUGGGAAUGGUGGCAAACUCCAAAUACAUACGUCCAAGGAUACAAUAUUUUUUCAGUUUUGCCAUUCUAUAUAAUGGUAUUUGCCAUGUUUUGUGCCCUCUUGCUAAUGACUACACUGGAUUAGUCAUAUACUCAGUAUUUUUUGGGUUUGCUUUUGGUAUGGUGAGCAGUGUAUUAUUUGAAACUUUGAUGGACCUUGUUGGACCAGCAAGAUUUUCCAGUGCUGUCGGACUUGUGACUAUUGUGGAAUGUUGCCCUGUUCUAAUCGGGCCUCCUUUGGGAGGUUGGCUGGUGGAUUUAACUGGGAACUAUAAAUACAUGUACUUUGUAUGUGGCACGAUUGUGAUUUUUGCAAGUAUAUGGUUAUUUAUUGGUAAUGCCAUUAACUACAGACUACUAGCAAAGGAGAAAAUAGCAGCAGAACAAAAAAAUGGUACAAAGGAGGCAGAACCAUUGAACAGCCCUGAUCCCAUUGGAGUCACCCAUAAACCUAAUGCACCGGCCAAUUCCUCAGACAGGGAAACUAGUAUAUGACAUGGACUAUUAUUUAAUGAAUCAUAUGCACAUAUUUUAUAGAACUCUAUGCUGAUUAAUGGUUAUUGUGAGUCUGACAGGUAAACAUUGCUGCAUUGAAUUUAUAUACUGUACCAUAAAGCCAUGAAAUGUUACUAAGUUUAGGGACACUUGCCAAAAAUCCCAUAUUAUAUAUAUUUAAAAAGUAAAAAAAAACAAUCUUAUAAAAUAAUAUUUUACUUGAUCUCAUGUUGAUAUCAAGUAUUUAAUCACCUGAAACGUAAAUAAGCCUUUCAUGGGAUUUGAGAAAUUUGACAGGUUUAUCCUUUUUAUUUGUAACACUGAAAUACAACUGUAAUAAAUAAGA